CCAUCCUUGAGCCGGUGCUGGUCGCAAACACAUGGAGAAAGUUGCUAUCUUGGCGAGUGGUCACGCGAAAAGCACGAGGAGUAGUAGCAGUGGUGGAGUCAUCCAGGCAGCGGGGCGGAAAAGGAUGUCGCGCCGUAAAAAUGUUGCCGUGUUUAUGGUAGCCGUUGCCUUCAUACUGGCGGUGUACGUCAGCCAGCGGUACACGUCCAACAGCUAUGGCACGGAGUACUUCCGGCCCCGGGAACGUCCGGCCAACCUGCGAAUACUCAACUCCCACAAGUACUACGGGUCACGAUCGUACGGUGGUGCUGCGGGUGGAGCAGGCGCUGGUACCUCGUACGACACGUACCCACCGAUGCCAACCGCACACAACUCCACCAUCACGAUCGACGAUGUGCUAAGCUAUCAGCGGGCCCUGAUAGCGGCCGAAUGUACCGACAGUUCCUACGGCGAGCGAAAGCUGCCGGACGGGUUGACGCUCGAAACGGGCGGUAAACCGACUCGCAGCCUCAUCAUCACCACCUGGCGUUCCGGUUCAACGUUCCUGGGCGACAUACUGAAUGCGCUACCCGGCAACUACUAUCACUACGAGCCACUGCUCGACUUUGACAUAGUGCAGAUCCGCGGCCCACCGAACGACAGUGUCGCGUUGCACAAUCUUCGCCAUUUGCUGCACUGCGACUACCGCGAGAUGGAGAACUACCUCGACUUUGGCCGUACGCACAACUACCUUUUCAGUCACAACACCCGGCUCUGGCAGCAGUGCGUACGGUUUCCACAGUUUUGCUACGAGCCACGAUUUUUGGGACCGUUCUGCCGGUUGUUCCCGCGCCAGAGCAUGAAGGUGGUACGGUUGCGGGCCGCACUAGUGACGCCACUGCUCGAGGAUGAAAGCCUUAAUGUACGUGUGGUGUUGCUAAUACGUGAUCCACGGGGGUCAAUGCAGUCGCGAAAGCAUCGUGUCUGGUGUCCCGGACGACCAGAUUGUGAUGAUCCCAGCACGGUCUGUAGUGAUAUGCAGCUCGACUAUGAGGCAGCCAUUGAGCUUAGCGAACGUUUUCCUCGACGGUUUCGGGUUGUACGGUACGAGGACCUGUCACUGAACCCAUACAAGAUGACCAAAGAAAUAUUGCAGUUCUACGGGCUUCCAUACCAUCCGGAGGUGAAACUGUUUCUCGACACGCACACAAAGCAGGACGUCGGUGGCGUUAGCUCAACGUAUCGCGAUUCCAAAUCGGCCCCAUUUCACUGGACGAAGGAUCUAACGUUCGAGGAGGUAAAAAUCAUACAGGACAGCUGCGUGGCGGCAAUGAGAAGCUGGGGCUAUCGGAAUGCUACCAGCGAACGGGAACUGUACGACAACUUUAACCCACUGCUACCGUACAGCGUUUCGUGAGA